CAAUCAAAUACCGCGCCUCGCCCUAAUCCUGCUCGCGGAUUGGACGAGCCUAUGACCAUACGUUCGCGCCGCUCUCGCGCAGUCCGGCAACCGGCGCGUUACGAGUAACGUUGUUUAUGUGCUUAAUUACUAAAAUUGUGCAACAAACUUGCCAAAUUAGCUUACAGUAUUGAUUUAUGAGUGUAACAAUAGUAUUAACGUGCCUGGAAACAAUAAACUGUGAAUUCAUCUAAGCAUUUUCACUUAUAGCCUCAAACCGAACCCCAAAACCGAGCUAACCGGCGCUACAAAAUGGCUGCCCAAGUGUGAGGCUAUUAAGUGUAUAGUGAAAAUUUUGUGCCGUGAUUCGUAAAAAUAAACAUUAAAAGUGUUUUAACAUGCCGCCAAAAUCAAAGAGACACCAACGUGUGUCGACGCCGACGCCGACGCGCGAGGACGCCGAGAUCGCUCGCGAAGGUUCGUUCACGAGGGAUGACGUCACGACGCUAGUGGAGUCGUUACAACGGUCGCAGACCAACGCCUUCAGGGAACUGCUGGAGAGUGUCAUCACGACCACUAGAAACCCGUCAUCAUCUGCCUCGACACCGUUUCCUGCAGAAGGAGGAAAUUUCUCGCGCUGCAAAGCCCGAUUCGCUGGAGAUCCUGAAGAGUCCAUCGAAGGUUUUAUCGACGCCAUUGAAGCAUACAAGGAUUGUGCAAACGUUUCGGAUGAUAACGCCAUCCGAGGCUUAUCAAUGCUGUUGACACAUGCAGCCGCAGAUUGGUGGCAAGGAAUUAAAGUAGAAACUAAGUCAUGGGCCGACGUUUUGGACAGUUUGCGCUAUACCUACGGAGACAAUCGAGCUCCGCCGCGCAUAUACCGCGACUUAUAUGCAACACCUCAAGGCGACGAAAACACGCAUAUUUAUGUAGCAAAGUGCCGUGUACUAUUUGCAAAAUUGCCGCGCAACGAGUUAACUGAGAAAAUCCAGUUAGACAUGGUAUACGGACUUCUACACAAGCGUAUCCGCAAGCGUAUCAAAAGAGAAGAGUGCGCAACAUUCAAAAUUCUCUUACAAAAGGCGCGCGCUGUAGAAGAAUCAUUGAACGAGAACGUGAGCAACACCUCGCCAUCGCCAAGUCGUCUCGUCAACACAUCAAAGACACCGCCGCCGCGCGCCGCUGCCACAGCGAGCGCGAGCGCCGCGCCUCCGCUCCGCGAGCCCCGCGCUCCCCGCGAGCCCCGCGCGCCUCCGCCGCGGCGUUUCGAUGAUAACAGUGAUAACAACAGUGCCGCGUCCGCCGCGAAAUCUAAGUCGUAUAAUAAGAAGUGCGGGUAUUGUAAACGUUUCGGUCACGUAAAAGAAGAAUGUCGCAAGUUAAUUAAAGACUCUAGUACGUCUAGUGAUAAUAAUAAUAAUAAGGCAUCAGAUGUUAAUGUUUUGCGUUGUUAUGGAUGUGGUCAAAUAGGCGUUAUACGCGCAAAUUGCGAAAAAUGUAAUGCCUCAUUCUGUACUGUCAAUUGCAACAUGGAUUCGUCCAAUCCAGGGUGUAAGGGCACUGGUAAGCAGACUAAGAAGCUUUCCCCGGACCAGCACAGAAGGUUGAGUGCUCCAAGGAGCCUGCACCUGGAGUCCUAAAGGACCAGAAUGCUUCCGAGGACCCGGUGUUGGAUUUAUUUGACUCCUAUGAGGAUUAUGUAAACAGACAUCAGCGGCCACUUUUAGGAAUUGAAAUCCUGAAUAUGAGAGGUACUGCAUUAGUGGAUACAGCUGCAAA